CAGAAGUAAUUUAACCAUGAAUUAACAGUGAUGAUGUAAUAGCAGCAAAUACUCGCCGAACUGUAAAUAUUCAUUUCUCAAUGAGAAUUGGGUUACCAUGGUAUUCAUCGUCAACAAUUUCCUACAUAAGGCUUGACUGAAAGAUAUUUUUUUUAUUACGACUAUUUGAAAUUCGUUUUAUCAUCGCUACUGCUUUUCCACCACAAAUUCAGUUUAAAAUAUACAUAUGCGUGCGUGUGUGUGUAUAUUCGUGUAGCUGGAGAAAUCUAAUUUACAUUGUCUUGUGUUAUCGCUUGUUUCAGUAAUUUGCGAUAAUAAUAUACAAAGAAAAGAAAGAAAGAAAAACUGGACGUCUUGAGUUUAAAUCAACAUUUACUUGUGUUAUAUACUCUAUGAACUCUGACACGCAAGUUAUAGAUACAACCUUUGACCUCGGUCUCAGCAAGAGAAGCGGUGUGAAGGGGUAGGAGGAGAAGACGGGCUGCGAAGGAGGAGCAAGAUGGCGACUAGCAGUUGCAGUCAGUGGAGGGGAGCUGGGCCGGAGGAGAGCAGGGACAAGGAAUUUAUGCAAGGUGAUGGUGGCCCAACUCAAGACGAGUAUUCCUCUGACAGCGACAUAGACACAGAACCCGCAAAAGCUUUCCAUCGUCGGAUAUCGACCAACAAAGAAAUUAAAACUACGACUGCCAUUAAAGAAGGUUAUUUGAUGAAACAUACGAGCACUUUUCAGGGUUAUCGACGGAAAUAUUUUAAAUUAAAAGGACGUAAAUUGUACUAUGCAAAAGAUACAAAGGUAUGUUGUUAAUGUAUUUCAGUUUUUUCUUCCUUAAAU